AUGGUAUCCGAUCUUCCCACUUUACUGGAGAAGCGCUACACAAAAACUCUGAGGUGUCGCCCACCCAGGAAUUCCUUGGACCUUUGCCGCUUGCAGGCGACGUACGAGACUGGUGUGGAUACUGUCCAGCUUCGAAGGACACCUGUGGACCCCCAUCACCAGGUCCGCUGGGAUGUCUCUCCACCAUCGUGGAUAAAAGAGGCUUCUGUGUUAUACUGGGACGCCCUAUUAAUGCACCGCGUCCUUGCCUGGAUUGUUAAGAUGAAGGCUGUAAAGGUACAGCGAUCGGUUUCUGGGUCCAAGAGCACGGUUUUGCUGAACAUGGAUACCAAGGGACUCUAUACGAAGACGUUUUCUAUGCGCCCAUACUGUGAGAAUGAAGACGGAACCUGGACUCAGUAUCAUUCGGACCUACAAAUGAAGCUGGAUAAGAGCUCUGCCGCAGAAUAUCUUGUGCGUCGGUAA